UUUAUUUCCCCUCCAACGUACUGAACGCAGUUCUCUCUCUCUCUCUCUCUCUCUGUGCAACUUCCGUACGAAACUGCCACCGCUCGCCGGUCUCCCCGUCCCUCUCGGCUGUCGGCCACCCUCCGCCGGUCCAUACUUCACCAGCGUUCUGUAUCCGGCGGAUUUGGCGGCCGGAUCUGUCUCCGGCGACGCUAAAAAAAGCAGGUGCACAUGCACACAUGCUAGAUGGGAUGGGUAUUGAUUGUUGGUUCUUUGGUUGUGCUAUGGGUAGCAUCUCUGUGCAAAAUUCUUCGCGGAUCAAGCUCACCUUCCAGGAGCUUAUUCUUGAAUACUGGUGGAGCUCUUCCCAAGAGAAAUGUCUUGCUGGUUGUUGCCCACCCAGACGAUGAGUCUAUGUUCUUUUCUCCAACAAUAAGCUAUCUGAUUUCAAGAGGUCACAAUCUGCACGUAUUGUGCUUGUCAAUUGGCGAUGCAGAUGGCAAGGGGAACAUCAGAAAAGAAGAGCUCCGUCGAGCUUGUGCAAUUCUCAAGGUUCCACUUCAACAAGUGAAGAUUCUGGACCAUCCAGAUUUGCAGGAUGGUUUUGGCAGGGUUUGGAACCAUACUUUACUGGCUAAGAUUAUUGAAGGGGAAAUUAUAAGUUUUGGCAUUGACUCGAUUAUUACUUUUGAUAACUAUGGUGUUUCGGGUCAUUGUAAUCACCGUGAUGUGCAUCAUGGGGUCUGCAGCAAGUUCUUGCAUGAUUCUUCACAAGGAACUGUUGAGGCCUGGGAACUUGUUAGUACCAACAUCUUACGCAAGUAUACUGGACCACUUGAUAUUUGGUUGUCCAUUUUACAUGCCAUGCAACACUCGGGUGAAGUGAUGCAUUGCUUGCUAAAUGAGCAUCCCCAGAAGAGCUUCCUUGCGAUGGCACAACACUCAAGCCAAUGGGUUUGGUUCCGCAAGCUUUUUGUAGCAUUUUCCAGUUAUACCUAUGUGAACACGCUUAGAAAAAUCAGGUGAAUGUGAAGUAACAAGACAGGAGCAAUUAUGGAUUAUGAGUCGAGGAGGCUUCAUUGUAUAGUUUCUGAGAAGCUUUUGGGUCGGUUACAGUAUCGGCGGUACCAUGGAGAACUAGAAAGGGAACUCUCAAUUUUCUCAAAUUCUGCUGCAGGUAGGAUGCGAUUCGGAGAAUCUCAUAACCAGUCCUUACCCUGAUGGACCCCGUAUACACUAGCGGAUCUGAAUACUUGGCUAUCAGUGCUGCCGGGUCCCGAGAAACCGGCAUGCCCUUCUUAUUUGCAGCACUAAGUUGAUAUCUAGGAAACAAAAAUGAGAUAAUUGGGGCCAGUACC